AUGGCACCAACAACUUCCUCAACCAAGCACCAGAAGCCGCACUCUCCAGCUCAGUCUCUUGCAUCCCGCUAUGGCGUGAAUCCCACUCGCCCCAGCUCAGCCAACCCCGCAACCUUGGUAUCAUCGCUCCAGUCAAGCAUUGGCCCUCACUUUCUCACCAUCGUCGAAACAUACACCGAGAAUCUCAAAGCCGACUAUGAAGCACACUACAAGGACAUCCUGAUUGAGAAGGAAAAGCUCAACGAGGAAAACAAAGCCAAGAUUAGCAAGCUUGUCGACCGCGUGUCAUACCUCGAAGAUGAGCUAUCUGAUCAAAGAGUCACAUUGGAAGUUUUCCGAGAGGCCCAUGGAAUUCUUGAGGUAAAACAUUUAAUACUCGAGAAGGAGCAUACUGGAAAGAAAGGUGCAGCAGAAAAGUUGGAGACAAUUCAAAAGCGGCUGCUGGGCUUGGUCAAGGACUGGGAAUAG